AUUGCUAGCAAACAACUUUAACCGGAGGCGGAAACGGCAAGACACGAAGCUAGCACCCAAAACACUGUGUUAGCUGUGCUGAAGUCAAGUGGAGGGUUUUCACGUUUAUUUUUACACCGAGAGGAGAGAGAGUAAAACAGGAUAUUGAUGUCAUUUUGUGGAACUCAAAACGGCGGCCGCCGCAGCAAAUGGGACCAGCCCGGUCCCGCCUCUGGUGGGAUGGGGGAGGCUGAAGCUGCACCGACUGGUGCUCUGGAUGCUGCAGCUGCUGUGGCUGCCAAGAUCAAUGCCAUGUUGGUGGCUAAGGGCAAACUGAAACCCUCACAGAUAGGAACACCAGGACCUCCUGAUAAGGCUGUGGGUGUUGGGAAGCCUCCAGUGCCAGCAAAAGCCAAAGAUGACCUGGUGGUAGCUGAGGUUGAGAUCAAUGAUGUCCCGAUCACCUGUCGAAAUCUCCUGACACGUGGGCAAACACAGGAUGAGAUCAGUAAAGUUAGCGGUGCUGCUGUUUCAACCAGAGGGCGUUACAUGACAGCAGAGGAGAAAGGCAAAGCUCUACCAGGGGAUCGACCUUUGUAUCUGCAUGUCCAAGGACAGACAAGAGAGCUUGUUGAUAGGGCAGUUAAUAGAAUCAAGGAGAUAAUCACCAAUGGUGUGGUCAAGGCUGCAACUGCCUCGUCAUCAUCAUCUUCAUCCUUUUCCCCCAGUGGGGCUUCAGUCACAGUUUACCAGCAGCACAACCCGCCUCCACCCUCACUGCCCCCCAUGACCCACCACAAACCACACUUUCAGUCUGGGAUGCAUUAUGUUCAAGAUAAAGUCUUCGUGGGACUGGAGCACGCUAUCCCAGGGUUUGUGGUCAAAGAGCGCGUUGAAGGCCCCGGCUGUUCGUACCUGCAGCACAUUCAGGCUGAGACUGGGGCCAAAGUCUUCCUCAGAGGAAAAGGAUCGGGUUGUUUGGAGCCUGCCUCUGGACGGGAGGCAUUUGAACCCAUGUACAUCUACAUCAGUCAUCCUAAACCAGAAGGACUUGCAGCAGCAAAAACCUUGUGUGAGAACUUACUUCAGACAGUCCAUGCAGAGUAUUCUCGCUUCCUCAAUCAAAUGAGCACAAUGAUGCCGACACAACAAGGCUUUGCACAGCCUCCAGUGGUGAACGGGAUGCCUCCUCAGCCUCCUUACUACCCCCCUGCUGGAUAUCAGCCAGGCUACCCCAUGCCUGUACACCCACCUCAGCCACAGCCUGUUCCUCCACCUUACACUGUUCCCCCUCCUAUACCUCCGGCAGCACCCACAGGUGUGCCUCCUCAAUACCCUCUUCCACCUGCCCCUGCUCCAGCCCCCGCUCCAGCUCCUGCCCCUGCUCCUGCUCCCAUUCCAGGCACUAUGCCACAGACUCUUCCUCCUGUUCCUUUUCCUCCAUCUGUUGCAGCGCCACCCAAAGCUCCACCUCCUGCCGCCCCAGCCAAUCCGCCACAGAAAAGACGCUUCACAGAGGAAGUACCAGACGAGAGGGACAGCGGCCUGCUUGGAUACCAGCAUGGACCCAUUCAUAUGACUAAUUUAGGUGCAGGCUUCCCAGUGGGCAGCCCCGAUACUACAGGACCCCCUCAACCGAGUUCCUCUGGCCCGCCGAGUGAGAGGGACAGUAGGCAGCUAAUGCCUCCACCACCAUUGCCUGUGAAUGGAGUGAGACCCAAGAUGGAGGAGAGAAGGGCACCGCAAGGCCCCGUGGAGCCCACAGUGAAAAGAUUGAAAACAGGUUUAGUAGCGUACACCGGUGACUCUUCUGAUGAAGAGGAAGACCACUCCACCUCCAAAGCCUCAGGGCCAGGUAACCCUGGGGCAGUUCCCCCCACCUCCACCUCAGGCUGGACACAGGGCUAUCGAUGCCCUCCUCCACCACCCCCUCGUGCUAAAACACAGCCACAGCAGCAGUCGAUGCCUUUCUGGAUGGCACCCUGAAGCAGGAAAAAUCUUAAAC